GGGGGGGGUCAUGUGAGCAUAAUAAAGUUGGAGUUUUUGUUAAGAUAAAUAAAAUGCAAAAUCAUUUCUUGGGAUUGAAAGUCAGAUUUUUCUGCAUGAAAAGAUUUUAAUGUCUUGAGAUUUUUUGGGUGUAAAUAUUUUAUCCAUUAAACAUCAAAAACAUUUUUCCUUGGUUUAGGUUAGUUAUUUUUGGGUCUUUGGUGUAGGUUGGUUGUUGUUUAACUGCAUUGUUGGUUCAGUUCAGGGCUCGAUUCAAAUGAUCAGUUUGUCACUUUAGUUUGGUUGUUUUGAUUUUUGUUGUUUGACUGGUUGAGGUUGUUUUCUUGAGCUUGUUGCUUUAGUUUCUAGCAAGUUCCCUGGUUCUCAGCAGAGCCUUUGUAAUUGUCUUCAGUAUGAAAUGGGGUGGGGCGGGGCCUUAUAUGCAAUGUGACAUUUCCCCAAAUGCACCUUUGACGUUGCCGUCCGAAUGAGACGCAAAUCAUGAACAUAAAUCAACAACCGCAAAACCUCUGAUAAAUAUUCAUGAAGGCAGGGAGGGGAAGAGGGCCAUUUCAAUCUGCUCUUUGGAGGGAUACCUGAUCUUAUUUUGUGGAAACUUCUCUCUCACCGUCUUUGUUGUCUGUUGUGCCUUUUCCCAGGAAAUUACUUUAAUUAGUGGUGGAAUUAUUAGUACAAAGUGGGAAUGUUUUUCUCCCAUUGAAGUUUUUUCCUCUUUCGAAUUCUGACUUCGACCUUAAUUCGGUUCAGAAAACUGGUCAGAGUUUGAUUUGGUCGGAGUCUGAUUCAAUUCUUCCCCAUAAGAAAUAAUUGAAAACUGAUUAAUCGGAGGCGCCAUCAGCUAGCCUCGAGACGCGCUUUAUCUUGUCGAGCCGAACCGAAAGUUGCUUCGGGAACGCUUGGGGACGUGGAGACACCGUCAGCUAGCCUCGACCCGGCUCGGAAAGCUGUUUGGAGUCCAAUGUUUUGUUCGGUUUCGGGAAUUCAAAAGCUUGGAAUUUUUUGUUCGAACUCUAAUUUGUUCGAACUUGGAGACGUUUGAGGUUCUACUGUAAACCUUUGUCUAUUACUUUCUCCAAAAACUUUUCUUGUAAGAUUGCUUGCUAUUGAAAAAUGCUUUCUUACCUAUCAUACAACUUUGGUUUAUUAUAUAACUUUAUUUUCAUAAGUACAACUUUUCAAGUUAUUCUCGAAUAUUAUGUAUUUUUCUUUUUAGUAUUUUAUAACAAUUCUCUACUUGACGUUAAUAUGGAUGGAUGGAUGGAUGGAUGGAUGGAUGGAUGGAUGGAUGCAUGGAUGCAUGGAUGGAUGCAUGGAUGGAUGCAUGGAUGGAUGCAUGGAUGCAUGGAUGAUGCAUGGAUGGAUGCAUGGAUGGAUGCAUGGAUGGAUGCAUGGAUGGAUGCAUGGAUAGAUGGAUGCAUGGAUGGAUGCAUGGAUGGAUGCAUGGAUGGAUGCAUGGAUCGACGGACGAACAUGUUCAGACCUCCAGUGGACGGAGGUCUUAGCGGCACCUUCUCGUUCUCAGUAGCCUGACAGGAGCGCCUGUACUCGGCUGCGCUGUCUGAGUUUGCGCCGCUGAUCCUCCGGAGAGUCAGCAGCGCCUGGCGAGCCAGCCGCGCACUCACAGAGACCUCCGCUCGCGUUUUGCUUCCUGGUUGUGCGCGUAUAUAUAGCGGCCUAAAAAUAUCUCCGGCGCGCCCCAAUGAGCGGUUGGAGCUGCUGAGUUCUGCAGCCAACUGGGCCGCGGCAGGGGCUCCGGCCGCGGGCAGGCAUUGGCGCAGGCCGCAGCGGCAGGCGGGUCGUGCGCUCACCGGAGCUCAUUGGAUGGACCGGCAUGAAACGUCACGGCAUCACGUGGUGCAUGUUCGUGUGGAGUUGUAACCGCGAGAGCGAGGUGGGAGGGAGACGCAAGUUUAGAGGGAGCUGACACUCGGGAGCAGACUUCAGUCAGUGUGCGCUGCGCUCCGGAACAAGCGCGACGUACAUGCGCACGCUCGCUCGCUCGCUCGCUCGCACGUAGGACCACCAGGCAUCCGGCUGAGAUGGACGUCAUCCCCAUGUGCAGCAUCUUCCAGGAGCUCCAGAUCGUGCACGACACCGGAUACUUUUCCGCCUUACCGUCUUUGGAGGAGUAUUGGCAGCAGACAUGCUUGGAGCUGGAGCGCUACCUUCAGGCCGAGCCGUACGUGUCGGCGACCGAGCUGAAGUUCGAGAACCAGCAGGACCUGUGGAGCAAACUGAUGCUGGCGUGCGGCGACAAGGCGGCCGACCCCAAACUGGCCAAGGAGGACGUGGACCCCCCGGAGAGCCGGGACAACGCCGCCGGCUGCUGCUUCCACUCGGACGCCAGCAGCGAGGCGUCGGACAGCUCCGAGGAACUGUCGCCCGCUCUCGACUUCCCCGUCGGCUCGCUGGCCGACCUCCUGGGCGACAACCCCGAGGACCUGAGCGCAGCCGCCGCCGUCAUCAUCGGGACGCCGCCCUCCUCGCCUGAGCUGGCCAAGGAGGGCCCGGCGGGGCCGCGGGCGUGGGGUAGCGGCCAGCACGUGACGGCGAAAGGCAGGACGGGCGGGGCGGAGAGGGCGGGGCUCGCCGGCGGGGAAGUCUCGCCCGACGGCAGGAGGCGAGUGCACAGGUGUCUCUUCAACGGAUGCAGGAAGGUGUACACCAAGAGCUCGCACCUCAAGGCGCACCAACGCACCCACACAGGCGAGAAGCCGUACAGAUGCUCGUGGGAAGGCUGCGAGUGGCGCUUUGCGCGUAGUGACGAGCUAACGCGCCACUUCAGGAAGCACACCGGCGCCAAGCCAUUCAAAUGCAGCCACUGCGACAGGUGUUUUUCCCGCUCGGACCACCUGGCCCUGCACAUGAAGCGGCACAUCUAAGGCGGCGGAGGCGGCAGUAGCGGCCAAGCGGACGGAUGUUUCCUGACCGGUGUGGCGUCAGCGAGGCCGGUGAGGCAUUCGACGGCACAGCGCGGCAGACGACGUUCCGCUCAGCAGGAAGUCAACGCAGGCUCUCAUUUUGCACCGUACCCAGUGCCUCCGACACCUCGCUGAACUGGAGCAGGAACGUUCCGGAAAGGACAGGAAUUUGUGUAUGGUGUUUGACGCUUUUUUUUGGGGGGGGGGGACACAACCCGCCCCUGCUCCCUCCCUACUACCACUGCCCAAAGGAUCUUGGGAGUUUUUGGGGGGCGGCGGAGUGUUUGGACUGCGGAUGCCUGCGGCGGUUUUCUGAAGUGCGCCGUGCAUGGUGGACGAAUGGCGUCUUUCGAAUGGUGAGUGAAUGAAAAGAAAGCCUGGAGAGCAGACGAGGGCUUUUCUUUUUGUGUGUGCGCCCCCUGGAAGCUUGGAGGUGGAACUACGGCUCCCUGCUCUUUAAAACAAACACAAAAAGAAAAAAAAGGAGCGAGGGAGUAAGUUUUGUUUUGGUGCAGCUCAUAAAUGUGCAAUGUAUGAUGUAACCUGUCUGAAAAGAUACACGCCAGAAAGUUCUUUUUCCUUGUUUUUGAAGCAAGUCAGAGAAAAUCGGACGUUGAACGCCAACAGUGUCACUCAAAUACGCUGCAAAGGAACACCAUCAACGCUAAUCUCCUCAGAUUAAUCUGAUUAUUUUCCAAUUCUGAUCAGAUGUAACUUUUGUCUCAUAAAACCUACAACCCCCGCCCCCCAAAAUCCUCACUGUCAUCUUCUAGGAUUCAAACUUUAUGUUUCAACCGAUUUUUUGUCUUGAGACAAGACAACUCAUCAUAACAAUCUUGCAACAGUCAGAAAUCUUUGAAUAAUCCAAACUUUUUUCUUGCUAGAAAUCCAACAAGACUCCCAAACUAUGAUUGUCUUUUGUUUUUAUUAAUAAAAUUAAUCCAAUAAUCAUUUUUAUGAAAUACAAACAUAAAAGAAUGAAGGGAUAUUAUUCCUUUAAACUUUGGAGGGCUGGCAUCUAAAAAUCUGCCUAAAUCUACAUCAAGCAUAUCACCAAACGGGUUUUGGUUUUAAUUCCGUUUUUUUCUUGUUUCAAAGAGGCGUGGUGGUUUUUUCUUUGUUUUAAAGAUUCAUCAUGGUUGUGCCAACGCUUCAGUUAACAAAAAAAGGUUACAUUGCCAACUAGUGUCCCGGCGUGCACAUUGCAGCGUGUUCACAGGCUGCGGAUGUCGUGUGAAUGUUGGGGGGGGGGGUCAGUUCGUAUUUGUUGCGCUUGGAGAAUGACGUGGUUGGAGAGCGGCUCGCUUCAUGUUGCUCUUGUAGAAAAACCAUCAGACCCUUAAGAGCGCUUUUGGGGCCUUCACUUUUUCUUUGGCUUGGAGAUGGAGAGAGAAAAAAGUGCACUGUUGACCUUCCUGAUGCCUUACGCAAGUGGCCUUGUCCUCUUUAACACACACACAACACAACACACACACACGUGCGCGUGCAGCAAUGUAGUUGUUGAAAAAGCUUUACAGACGCUCAUUUCCUCCUACCCCGCCACAAUAAAUUGCGUGAAUCACAAAAAGACAAGAUAGACAUUUUCAUGUUUGUUUUUUUCUCCCCCCCCCAACUGAGUCAGACGGGAAUGCGUGGGUGGAACUUCUGGGAUUUGCUACUGAGUAGUAAACCUUCUCCUCACUCUAAAGGAGAGAGCUUUCAAAAAUCAAAAGAUAAUUUACGUGACUUUCCUCCUUGUAAAUUUUGACAUUUCAAUUUUGGCAUUUUGACUCAUUUGUAAUGUUACGUCUUUUUCCACAGGAAUAAAAUGACUUUCAUCUAGAACAUUUUAAACUUAUUCUCCAAAAGAUCCAAUUUUGAUUUUCUCGUCAAAACGAUUCUGACUAUGCGAUAAUUUUUUGCUGAUGUGUUUCUUUCUGGACUCAUCAGACGCUGACAAAGUGCGCGAGCGGUUUGUCGUUUUGACCAUUGAUUGCAACGUUGACCAUUUGUAGCUUACGGCAACAAAAUAAAAGAUGCACAAACUUGCAUCGUGUCAUUUUCCCAACCUUUCUUGAUGAUAUGACUUUAAUCUUGUGAUGUUGCCAUUUUGAUUUUUGACAAAAAAAAAAAAAGACAAAAACUUACAUCUUGAA